GGGAAAGGAAGGGAGGAGUGUGAAUUAGUAAAAGAGCUGUUGUAUUAAAGAAUGCCCAAGGAAAAGUACGAUCCACCUGAUCCACGGAGGAUGUACACAAUUAUGUCCUCAGAGGAAGCAGCCAAUGGAAAGAAAUCACACUGGGCAGAGUUGGAAAUAAGUGGGAAAGUGAGAAGCUUAAGUUCAUCAUUGUGGACACUGACCCAUUUGACAGCUUUGCAUCUCAGUGACAAUUCCUUAUCCCGUAUUCCUUCAGACAUUGCCAAGCUUCACAAUCUGGUAUAUCUGGACCUGUCAUCUAAUAAAAUUCGCAGUUUACCAGCAGAGCUCGGAAACAUGGUGUCACUCAGGGAACUACAUUUAAAUAACAACCUGUUACGAGUUUUACCUUUUGAGCUGGGAAAACUGUUCCAGUUACAGACUUUGGGUCUGAAAGGAAAUCCACUUACACAGGAUAUUCUGAACCUUUAUCAGGAACCAGAUGGGACGCGAAGGCUACUGAACUAUUUGCUUGAUAAUUUGGCAGGUACUGCAAAAAGAAUUUCAACAGAACAACCACCUCCAAGAUCUUGGAUUAUGUUGCAAGAACCAGACCGUACAAGACCAACAGCCUUGUUCUCUGUCAUGUGUUACAACGUACUCUGUGAUAAAUAUGCUACCCGGCAGCUGUAUGGCUAUUGUCCAUCUUGGGCAUUGAACUGGGAAUACAGAAAAAAAGCCAUUAUGCAGGAAAUCCUAAGCUGCAAUGCUGACAUCAUAAGUCUUCAGGAGGUUGAAACGGAACAGUACUACAGUUUUUUCCUGGUAGAAUUGAAAGAACGUGGCUACAAUGGAUUCUUCAGUCCAAAAUCUAGAGCUAGGACAAUGUCAGAACAAGAAAGAAAGCAUGUUGAUGGUUGUGCAAUAUUUUUCAAAACAGAAAAAUUUACUUUGGUUCAAAAACAUACUGUUGAGUUCAAUCAACUAGCUAUGGCAAACUCAGAAGGUUCAGAAGCUAUGCUGAACAGAGUUAUGACAAAAGAUAACAUUGGAGUUGCUGUAUUGUUAGAACUGCGAAAGGAAUUGAUAGAAAUGUCAUCUGGAAAGCCACAUCUUGGGAUGGAAAAGCAGCUAGUUCUUGUAGCUAAUGCACAUAUGCAUUGGGACCCAGAUUAUUCUGAUGUGAAGCUGGUUCAGACUAUGAUGUUCCUGUCUGAGGUAAAGAACAUUAUUGAUAAAGCUUCUCGUAGUCUCAAACCUGGUGUUUCGGGAGAACUUGGAACCAUUCCACUUGUACUGUGUGCAGAUCUCAAUUCUCUACCAGACUCUGGUGUUGUUGAGUACUUGAGCACUGGUGGAGUGGAAACAAACCACAAAGAUUUUAAGGAACUGAGAUACAAUGAAAGUCUUACUAACUUCAGCUGUAAUGGAAAAAAUGGAACAACAAACGGAAGAAUUACACAUGGUUUCAAGUUGAAGAGUGCCUAUGAGAAUGGUCUAAUGCCUUAUACAAAUUACACAUUUGACUUCAAGGGUAUUAUUGACUACAUCUUCUACUCUAAACCUCAGCUAAACAUACUUGGCAUUCUUGGACCUUUGGAUCAUCAUUGGUUAAUAGAGAACAAUAUAAGUGGUUGUCCACAUCCACUCAUCCCUUCUGACCACUUCUCACUUUUUGCACAACUGGAGCUUUUGCUGCCUUUCCUGCCUCCUGUAAAUGGAAUCCAUCUCCCUGGCAGGAGGUAGUCAAGUACAUUUUAGAGGGCAACCUCAAUCUAACUUGUACAAUUGUAAAAUCUGAAUAUAGAGGAGUGAGGUAUGGCCAACAGGGAUUUUUUUUCUUAAUAAUCUUAAAUCUAAUUAUUUGCUAAAGACAUAGUAAAAGCCAGGUGCUAUCAACAGACACAAUUCUGAGCCCAAUAUACUUUGUAUACUGUUCGACAGCGAUUGGUGCAUUGGCACCUUUCUUUAAUACGUUACAAUUAACCUUCCUGUUUCUUUUAUCCAACGUGACAUUUUCAUGCCUUGAAAUAGGGAAUUGUUAUACAGUAUAUUCUCUUUGCACAGUUAUCUGUAGCACUACUUUUUUGAGGCCAGUAGGAACAUCCACAGAACAUUCUUCCGUACUUCACUCCCUCCUUUUUCAGACUUGUUUGUAAAAUAUAGAAUUUGAAUUUAGCCUUUAUUGAUUGUAUAUGAACAACAGAAAACCUGAUUUAUGAGAUUUUGUACUUUAAAAAAAGAAAAAUCAGAUUUGGAAAAUGAUUGUAUUGUAAACUAAGGCUAAAUUUUUAUCUGUUUUCAUGUGUUAUAAAGGCCAGCUUGUAAAAGAGGUUGUCACAGGCUUUCUCUGCUAAUGAUUUGCACUGUUAGGGUUUCGUUAGCCCUUUUGUACUACUUUUUAUGUUCAAUUGAGAACGUUGCUUUUAAAAUCCAAACCUAUAAAAUCUUAAUGUUACAGAGAUAACUAAAUACAUUCUGUCUAUUUCUGAUUUAAAAAAAAAAAGAGAAAAGCAUAGAGUUCUCGCAGAACAGAUAAGCUAAGCAGUGAAUAUAAGUAGACCUGUAUGGAUUGAAAGUUAUUGCUGAUGUGUAUACACUCAGAUAUUUUUCUCAUCUCUAACUUUUGAAGUAAAAUUUAGGGAUACUUGUGUACAGCUUCUUCAUUUCUGUUUUAAAUACUUGUCCUAUCUCCACUGUGCCUGCUUAAAUUUGUUCUCAACUAGCACUGCCUGUGCAUGCAGAGAGAUCCUGUGCAUCCUCUUUUAUUUUUUUAAAUAAUGUUAACACUUGUGAAAAUUUUAUGAAGAUACUUUUGUAUAAGCUGUGGCAUCUUUUUUUCCUUUGUGAAGCAUUGAAUAUCACACUUUUUGAACAUGUUCAGGUUAUGGGUACACAGUUUCUAGCUUCUAAUACCCAUGCACUGCUUCUUUCAGUGUCAUUGCACAGUGCUGUUUUUCCCACUAAGAAUUACUAUCAUGUGAAUUCUCUUUCAUUUAAGUGUGUUCCUCAGUUUCAGAAAGUAUAAUUCCUUGAAGAAAAAAAACCCCAACCCUACAUUUUCUAUUGAUGAAGCAGUGUAAAAUAAAUGCAUUUUCAAUACAGGUCCCAAAGACAAUUCUUCAGAUCAUUUUUUUUUAAAGUGACCAAGUCUUAUUUUAAAGUGUCAAGCAAGACUAAAGUUACAGUGUACCCUCAGUGCCAUUUGUGUCAUGAAGCCAAGUAUAUAACAGCUUACAAAUUUAACUUGUCUAUUUGUAUCCUAAAAGGGAGAAUUUAUCAUCUCCUUAAACUAACACAACUUGAAUAAUCAAUG